AGAUGCAGGCUGCUGAGAUGAUGCGUAGUACCAGGACCGUCUGCAGUCUUGCGUUUCUAAUAUUUCUCUCGAGUCCUUAUGUCCAUUCGUUUCCACUACAAAUAUUACCUAGCAUCCCAGGCUAUAUUCCGGUUUAUAUAAGGCACGGUGAUCAACCAUUGGAGGAAAUAAAUCCUGCAUUAGCGGAGGCAUUUCACGAAGGAUCGAGUUUAUCCGAGAACAGCAAUCCUGUGGAAGACGAAGCAAAUAAAUACAAUGUCUCUCCUGUACACGUUAAAGAAGCGAGUAAUCCUUUCACAGUUGAUAGUGAGGAGAGUAGAAAAGCAAUAGAGGAGGCUGUGGAGACAAAGGCAUCGGAAUCUGCCACAAACAUCGAGCAAAAAAGUCGUCGAGAAAAGCAUAGGCGGAAAUUUAACCGAAAACCCGCGGUUUCGAAAGUCCAUCUAUCACCCGAGGAAGAGAAAGAAAUGCGUGAAAAAUUACGAACCGCUGUCGAAAGUGAAAGAAAAAUUUCGAAAAAUACGCAAGAUGCGUACAUGCAUCUCUACGAAUCGUCGCCGCAUAAAUCAGAUUACAAGCGUUACGUACGGUAUCCUAUUCCAGUUUCAUUAAAUCAUCACCAACGAAUUAUCACCAAUGAUCUUCGUUCGUCUCCACUUACAAGCGAAGAAUUACCUAUUAAGGAACAACUUCUGCCCGAUAUCCUGCCUAAUGUUCAAAACAUAUUCCUUCCAAUGAAAAUACCGGCAAAACCAGAGAAAGAACAGACAGAGAAUCAAUCCUUGGAAAUGAAAUAAAAAUAAAAGAAACGUACAAUUUAUAGUGAGACUUAUUUAUAGCAAUAUGAAUACCGUAGAAUUUUGUGAUACAAGUUACGUUUAAGGGGAUUUCAUACUCGGUCGAUUAUUGUCAAACGUUACAAAUUCAGACACGUUACUGUGCAUUGUUGCUCUACAAAAAUUGGCGCGAUGCGCUUUAUGUUGAAAUAAAGAAAUUUCGAAGAUAAGACG